CACCCUUAGAUACAACAGCAUUGUGUAUUCCGAAAAAAACACACGCACAAUUCAUUCAUCCACACUUGCAUUUUUUUCCACACCGACCAGCACAGUCAAGCAUCCGUACACAUAAAAGCGUAUACACGUAUAGCGUUUGAACGCACACAUUACUUUAUAUCAUCAUGAACGAUCCGAGCAAGCGCGACUUCCAAAAUGAAUUAGAACGUAAAUUGCAUCAGCCCUAUGGUGCAGUUGAAAGGACAGGCUCUGGGCUCACAAGCGCGGCACAGACUGUGUACUACAAUGGGGCCUUCCCCAGUGUAACUCAGUCUCCACCACAAAGUAAAGAGCAUAGGAAGUCUGUGGGCAAGUUAGACCCGUCUCCGAGGGCAAGCGUAGGUGCCAGUGGUAACGGGAAAGGG